AUGAACGAAUACAUCGGAAAAGGAGGUUGUGCCCUGAUCAUCACCGAGGGUGGCACCGAACGGUCGUCGAAGGGAAUCUACCGCAGCGGCCGGUUCCCCCGGAAGGACGAUUUCUCCGAGACGAAUGACCCAUGUGAGCCAGAGUCAGGAAUACCCCCUCGCUUCUCGGCGUGCAGCAUACUUUAUAGCGCCGGUAUUCCUGCUUCAAUCUGGUUCGAAGACGCCCUCGCCUAUCAUGAUGUCCCUACAUUGGUCUUCGAACUCUUCCUACUCGUCCCAGAUGUGGAUGCAGCAGCUCGAGUCUUGAUGAGCGCAGGCUACCAGAGAGGAGAACUGAGCCUUGCUCUCAGCCCCAUUCGCCAGUUCGACAAUCUCUACACUCCAGUCCGGACCGAGAGCCAGCACCCGACCACUGACGCGGAGUCGACAUCCCAAUCUCCGGAGAUCGAUGAGACUCGUGUCAUUCUGCUCCCUGCCAAGAAGUGGUUCCAUGAUCUUCCCGCUACGCCCGAGGACAUGGCAGAUUGGUUUCCAACACUACCCCAGCUUCUCACCGCGUUGAUAGCGAAAUGGCUAAGUUUGGAGGAAGGAGAUCGGGAUUUACGAUUGCGCAUUGCAGUAUUCCUGGGGUAUAUCUACGAGUACCUUGACAGUGUCAAGGUUCGGGGUUUUGAACAGCAACUUCCGCAGCAAUUUUGGGCCUUCCACUCGGAUCAGGUGCAAGGAAUCAAUGCCGCAGAUUUGGGGACAUUUCGAUGCCAGGAGCAUUAUUUGCGCCACAUAGACGAACACCACCCUGUAGUGGUAUAA